CAUCCCGGUUAGCGUCUUGGCCAGCACGAUAAUGCCGCUCACUGCGUUGCCUCACUUUGAAUUUUUCCAAGGUUCCAUUGCAAAUCCAACUUUGCUCCAAAUGACACCGGCAACGAUGUAACGAGAUCCAUAAGUCCUCUUCAAAUGCUGUCGGGCCGAUUGUGCUCCAGCGAAACUAGAGCUAGUUGACAGCCCCACCAUGGACGCGCCACGGUCGCGACAUCCAGACCUGUACGCUCCCUUGCCGACAGCGACAUCGAUGCGCGUCAUCGAGCUUCAUCCAGUACAGAGCGACGACGAACCUAUCGAAUGCACGCUCCACCUGACUGAUCUCGAGCACAAUACCUUCGAGUUCCAUGCGCUGUCUUACACUUGGGGCGACCCACUGUAUCGGUACUGGUUCGAGAAAGAGACGCCCACAACAUGGGUGCAGGAAGUGACUAUCAAAUGCAAUGAACUAGACAUCGAUGUUACGGCCAAUCUGAAACACGCGCUUAGGGCUAUUCGCAUGCUACCUGUGAACAGCCAGAAACCCGAAUAUCAAGUGCAAUACCUCUGGAUUGACAAAUUAUGUAUCAAUCAAGACAAUAUGCGGGAACGAAACACGCAGGUUGGCUUAAUGGCCCAAAUCUAUAGCAAAGCUUCGUCAGUCAUAUCGUGGCUAGGCCCAGCAGACAAAGACAGUAUUCUAGCUAUACCACUCAUGCGGCGCCUCAACAAACUGCAAUGUUUUGACAAUAUGCAAGAGCAUCAGCAAUGCUCAAUAUAUACAGACUUCAUGAAGAUCGCGUUGGAAGAAGACGACAAAACAGAAAUCGACACGAUCUCUGCCGAAGAAUUUGAAAGCUUGACUCGUUUUCUCGCCAGAAAGUAUUUCUUUCGCUGCUGGGUACUUCAAGAAGUCAUGCUUGCUCGACACAUCCGUAUGUUGUGCGGUACGGACAUCUUGGACUUUUCAGAACUUCAAAGAGUCGCGUUACUGGUUGCAUGGAUCAAGCAGCAUCGAUUUCAUGAAACAGUUGGGCAAGCACUGACUCUCCCCAUGAGAAAUAAUCGUCACUACGACCAUGAAAAUGCCAUUCUGGAGCUAUUCCACAAUCGGUGGCGAUUGCUAAACCCGCCUACAACGCAAGAGAAGACAUUGCCUUUCACUUUUGCGCAACUCCUGACUUUAGCCCGCAUGACCGAAUGCAAAAAUCCCGAAGACAAGGUCUUCGCAUUAUUAGGCAUAGUACCUCGUGGGGCCUUCGGAAUAACUGCCGAUUACAGUAAGAGCCCAGAGCAGGUUUAUAUCGAAGCGCUGCGUUGUCUCAUCGAUGAGACGAAGAACCUCAACUGCCUAAGUUGGGUUACCGACCUAUCGGUACGAAAGUUUCCAAGAUUCCCAACUUGGGUCGGGGAGCUUGAAGACAAGGCCUUUCAAUCAGAGCUCGCCUCCGCAAACGUGGGCUACAAUGCCACUUUGGGGUCGAGAUUGGACACCUCGAGGAUCGUGCCCACGGAUAGCCGCGUGCUCGGAGCUCGUGGGCUCGAAAUUGACCGCAUUGUGGAGCUUGCCGGAUCAUGGGAAUGGCACGGAAAGCGCUUGCAAUUCGAUCCUCGGUGGAGCGCGCUUACACUGAACCUUCCGAAGUUAUAUCAGUCUACAGGACAAACACGAUGCGAAGCAUUAACCACCACACUGGUCGCCAAUGACAUUGGCCAUCUGCCUCUCAACCACCAACCCGACAUGGACCGUUUCAAACACGUGGUGAAGCGACUAACCGGCGCUUCGGUCGUCCGCUGUCUCCAUCGCUUACUCUACUACCCUGAUAAUGAAGAGACAACGACAGGCUACGAAGAUACAGCUUCUCCAAUCCUCCGCGACAUAGACAUACUCUCCGAAGGCGAUGAUUCUGGCUUCGCGACAUCUCGGGCUGAUGUCAGACAUACGGAGCAGCAAAGCUGCACUUGCGGGGCGAACCUGACACAAAUGGACAUCAGCCGCACAUAUCCGCGCCGUCCUCCAUUCAACCCCAAAUGUCCUUACAUCGUCGAUUUCCGUCGCCCAGAUCCUACCAGUCAUCCCUAUCUGUCUUCCAUCAGCGAUCGCAUAGCCCGCCUCGGGCCUACAGCCAGCGAGGCGGAAAUUGAGCGUGACUGGCAAGACCACAACUUUGGUGGUGCAAUCAACAGAAAUGGUCAAUUUCGGCGCUUGGCUAGGACCAAAAAUGGCUUAUUAGGUCUGGUGCCGACUAGCUGUGAAGCUGGAGACGCAGUGUGGCUACUGCAGGGUGCCAACGUUCCUUAUGUCUUACGGGAAUCAAAUCGGCACGUUUCCGAUGGAUAUACGAGAAGAAUAUGGGAGGUGAUGGGCGAUGCAUAUGUACAUGGGGCUAUGCAAGGAGAAGUGUGGAGAGAUGUCAAAGAUCAGCUUGUGGAUAUCGAGCUGGUGUGACCGUUUCGAACGACCUGAUUAACUACACGCCAAUGCUUUACAACAGUCAGGAAGACCUUUUCCGUUUCCCGCCAACGGGACCCAGAAGCCAUGCUCACGAACCUCUGAAGUCGUUGUUAUUUCCUGGAAUUAUCAGCGCGACAUUCAAUUAUGGCACGAGAAACACUUACCGUAAUGGGUCGAACCUCCCUUGCUCGUGCCGAUGGUCUGACUUCCGUGGUUGGCCAAGCCACCUCGAUCGUUGUUACCAACGUAUGUGACUUCGUCUUCUGCAUGCUAGGGUCACUAUCGUCUCUACGCUGCUCCUUGGUCAAC